CGGCAGCGCUGUGGGCAGCCCUGAGCUUCUGCGGGGCUUAAAGCUCAAUGCGGAAGCGCUGAGGGCAGACUGGUAGCUGUUCCAGCGUUUAGGGGCCAAAAUAAAACAUUUUAAAUCAUCGUUUUUUUAAUUUUAAACCGCACUUUAGCAUUUACUCCCAUCCGCCAUGAUUCUGCUGGAGAUAAACAACCGGAUCAUUGAGGAAACCCUGACGCUGAAGUUCGAGAGCGCGGCCAGCGGGAACAAGCCUGAAGUGGUAGAAGUUACGUUUGCAGAUUUCGACGGUGUGCUCUACCACAUCUCAAAUCCCAAUGGGGACAAGACAAAGGUGAUGGUCAGCAUCUCCCUCAAGUUCUACAAGGAGCUGCAGGAGCAUGGGACCGACGAGCUGCUGAAGAGGGUGUACGGAAACUUCCUCGUUCCAGCAGAAGAUGGUUACAACGUCUCUCUGCUCUUUGACUUGGAGUCGCUGCCAGCCAACCGAGAGGAAAUGAUCCACCAGGCUGGCAUGCUGAAGAGGAACUGCUUUGCUUCUGUGUUUGAGAAAUACUUCAAGUUCCAGGAGGAAGGGCGCGAGGGCGAGCAGAGGGCUGUCGUCCAUUACAGAGAUGACGAGUCCAUGUACGUGGAGGCGAAGAAGGAUCGUGUGACGGUGGUGUUCAGCACGGUCUUUAAGGACGACGAUGAUGUCAUCAUAGGGAAAGUGUUCAUGCAGGAGUUUAAAGAGGGUCGGCGUGCCAGUCAUACAGCUCCUCAGGUGCUGUUUAACCACAGAGAGCCUCCUCUGGAGCUGAAGGACACGGACGCUGCAGUCGGAGACAACAUCGGCUACAUCACCUUCGUGCUGUUCCCUCGUCAUACGAACGCCAACGCCAGAGACAACACCAUCAACCUCAUCCACACCUUCAGGGACUACCUGCAUUACCACAUAAAGUGCUCCAAGGCCUACAUCCACACCCGCAUGAGAGCCAAAACCUCCGACUUCCUGAAGGUUCUGAACCGCGCUCGUCCAGACGCCGAAAAGAAAGAGAUGAAGACGAUCUCGGGCAAGACCUUUACUCGCUAACGUGACGCAGUGACCAAACAGACCUACAGGACCACGUUGAGACCAACCAGCACAGCCCCAGUGCUCAGCGGAUGACGACAUGCUGUGCAGCGCUUCAGUGUCUCCGUCAAAAAAGUCUGCAGAUCCACCAGUGGACAACAAGAAAUUCCUUUCAGUAGUCAUUUUUGAUACAAUAAUGUCUCUCAUUAAAUUGGACAUUUGGUACUUUUGCCUUCUCUUCGUCGUCUGAUGUGUUGUCUGAGUAACGUUUAUGCAGUAUUACACCUCCGUGUCUCUCACCAUGUCUGUCGCACCAGUCUGGAAUCAUGAAACGGUUGUGAAUAAACAAGUCUUGUAGAAAA